UACGGCUCAGAUCUGCUGACACACAUUACCUGUCAUUUACUCACAAUCACAGAGAAACAAUGUCUCUCCGUGUGUUAGAAAUCAUCUUCUUCUUCUACUUCGCCUCACACAUUCCCAUCACGUUAUUUAUCGACCUGCAGGCGCUGCUGCCGGAACAUGUGUAUCCUCAGCCGCUCAGAGAUCUGCUGAGGUGGUAUGCUGAGGACUUCAGGGAUCCCAUGGUGCUGGAUCCUCCGCACUGGUUCAAGUCCUUCAUCUUAUGCGAGGCUCUGGUUCAGAUGCCUUUCUUUCCCAUUGCAGCCUAUGCUUUCCUUAAAGGUGGCUGUAAGUGGAUCAGGACUCCUGCCAUCGUGUAUUCCACACAUGUGGCCACUACACUGGUCCCAAUCCUGGCCCACAUCCUUUUCUAUGAUUUCCCAAUGAAGCCCUACCCUGGACCGCAGACGAUGCACGAACGCUUGUGGUUGGUGUCCAUUUACGCUCCGUACCUGCUGAUACCUGUGAUGCUGCUCCUCACUAUGCUGAUGUCCUCCACAUACAACUCCACCUCCAGGUCGGCUAAGUCCAAGAAGCACUGACACUGGAGCAGACUGCACCGGUCUCACAUCCUCUGAGUUUAGGAGAUCAUUUUCUACUUCUUUGAGUGACUGUGUGUGAUAAUGGUGGAUCUGUGAAUUAGUUGUAUCCACUGUAACACUAUAAUUAGGAUGAAACUGCCAUUGUUCAAAAAAAAAGAAAGAAAGAGAUUUAUAAAAUAAAGAGAAAAAUACAUAUACAUGUAUAUAUACACAUACAUACAUACACACACAUACAGAUUAAAAAAAAGAAGUCCCACCGCCACCCCCAGCUGUCGUAUUGUACACAAGACAAUAACAGGGUGGAUGACGUUAAUAAAAGUAAAUAAAACAGCCAAACCAUAAAAAAAAAAAUUACAUUUAAAAAUACCUAAAUAAAUCAGAUAAAACUAGUCCCCACUAAAUGCUGAAGCACAAGUAUUAGCAGGAACUGGAUAGAGACCAUAUUACUCAAUUAAACUUCUCUGACUAAUUGGUCCCCUGAGAAAUCCACAUGACAUGUUUUUACAUUUAAUGAUCAGGCCCCAUCAUAUCUCAAAGAGCUGGAAGUAUCCUGAUAGAUGACUUUGCUCUCUCUAAAGCUGUUUACACUCAUGAACAUCCAACCUGUUCAUAUUUGUGUCACAUACACUCAAUGUUAUUUCUAUUCUGGUAACUCCACAGGAGAUGUCGUGUGUCUUGUAAGUUACACAAGGUCCUUACUGAGCACAUUCUUCCCUAUAAUACCUUAAAAUGUAAACCUAUUGUUGUCGAUGAAUGGCUUACCGUUUUCAGACAUGAACUCCAAAGAUGUCUGCAAAUUUGUGUCCAAAUUCAGGUCCUAGUGUGGGUUCAGGGAGCAGAUACCCUCUCUAGAAUUAUAGUUCAACUUCUCUGCUUCUCUCCUUUAAAGUGAUGUUUUUAAAGUGCCUUGAGAUGUGAUGUGAUUUGGUGCUUUAAGAGAAGUAAAUUGUAAAACAGUGCGUUACUAUUACUACUGUGCAAUAAACAAAUCCACACCAUCCACAUUAUCAUAA